AUGGCGUCGGGUAGUGUAGAAAGUAGUGUUGUGUUGAAUGUGCAGACAGCAUCUGAGACAGAAUUGAAAAAUUUGAAAGGAAUUGGUCCAGUGAAAGCUCAUAGAUUGGUGUCUUUGAGAAAUCAAAAAGGAAAAUUGCUGUUGAGUGAUUUGGAAGAAAUUACUGGUAUUAGUGUGGCAGAUUGGCAGAAAUGGGAAAAGAAGGGUAUUGUGAUUUUGGGUGUAAUGAAAGAAAAAGAUGAAGGUUCAAAAGUUGGAGAUGAGAAAAAGGAAGAAAUUGUGAAUUGGGAAGAAAAGUAUAGAAAGUUGAUGGAGCGAGUGAAGGUACAAAAUGAAAUGAUAUCAAAUCUUCGAGAUGAGGUAGAAGAAGCAGGAGAAAAGAUAGAAUUUUUAUCUAGUGAAUUGGAGAUGAAUGAUGCUAAAGUGAAAAAGUUGGAAGUUGAAAAUCCAGAAAUGGCAAUUGAUUACAAAAAGUUGAAACAAGAGAGGAAUGCUUUGGAAAAUGAAAAGAAUGCAUUGGAAGAUGAGAAAUCCGUGUUGGAAAAUGAAAAGAAGUCACAUAAAUUUGACCAAAGGGACUCAAUUAUUUCUGCCAACGGGAAGUAA